GGCGGGACCCUGGCCUGGCACAGGCCCGGACAUUCUCAGUGCACACGCUCACUCCUUCGCUCUCACACACACUUCCUUCAGCCCAAGGAGUGCACAGGCAGAGGGACGUGGUCACGCUGAAAGUCAGCUCCAGAGACAACAUGCAGUGGGCCUCUGUCCUGCUGCUGGCAGGGCUCUGCUCCCUCUCCUGGGCCCAGUAUGAUGACGACCCCCACUGGUGGUUCCACUACCUCCGCAGCCAGCAGUCCACCUACUACGAUCCCUAUGAACCUUACCCUUAUGAGCCCUAUGAGCCUUACCCCUACGGGGUGGAGGAGGGUCCAGCCUAUGCCUAUGGCUCUCCGCCCCCACCACCAGAUCCUCGCGACUGCCCCCAGGAGUGUGACUGCCCACCUAACUUCCCCACGGCCAUGUACUGUGACAACCGCAACCUGAAGUACCUGCCCUUCGUCCCUUCCCGCAUGAAGUAUGUCUACUUCCAGAACAACCAGAUCUCCUCCAUCCAGGAAGGUGUCUUCGACAAUGCCACCGGGCUGCUCUGGGUCGCUCUCCAUGGCAACCAGAUCACCAGUGAUAAGGUGGGCAGGAAGGUCUUCUCUAAGCUGAGGCACCUGGAGAGGCUGUACCUGGACCACAACAACCUGACCCGGAUGCCCGGCCCACUGCCUCGAUCCCUGAGGGAACUCCACCUCGACCACAACCAGAUCUCGCGGGUCCCCAACAAUGCUCUGGAGGGGCUGGAGAACCUCACAGCCUUGUACCUUCAACACAACGAGAUCCAGGAAGUGGGCAGUGCGAUGAGGGGCCUCCGGUCACUGAUCUUGCUGGACUUGAGCUACAACCACCUUCGGAGGGUGCCGGAUGGACUGCCCUCAGCCCUGGAGCAGCUGUAUCUGGAGCACAACAACGUCUACUCCGUCCCCGACAGCUACUUCCGGGGGUCACCCAAACUGUUGUAUGUGCGGUUGUCGCACAACAGUCUCACCAACAAUGGCCUGGCCUCGAACACCUUCAAUUCCAGCAGCAUCCUUGAGCUUGACCUCUCCUACAACCAACUGCAGAAGAUCCCCCCAGUCAACACCAACCUGGAGAACCUCUACCUCCAAGGCAAUAGGAUCAACGAGUUCUCCAUCAGCAGCUUCUGCACCGUGGUGGACGUCAUCAACUUCUCAAAGCUGCAGGUGCUGCGCCUGGACGGGAACGAGAUCCAGCGGAACGCCAUGCCCGAGGACGCGCCCCUCUGCCUGCGCCAGGCCAGCCUCAUCGAGAUCUGAGCGGCCCUGCCCCUCCCUGCGCGGGGCCCGAGCCCCCACGCCCACUGCAUUUGGCUUGACGGUUUGGUUUGGCUUUUGCUGGAAGGUCUAGGACAGACCAUGUGACAGAACUCCACGGGCUCCCCUGACAUCUUCUUCCCUGUAGGCAGGGUCGGGUGGGUCAGGGCACAGGCAGCGGAGGUGCAGGGCCCAAGCUCCCUUUCCCGGGACAGGGGUGGCGGCAGAGGGAGCAAUACCCGGCAGUCCCAGCGUCAGGCAUCUCACUACCCUUAGCUUCUUCCCGAGGUUCUGGUGUCAUGAGCUCUAACAGUUGCCCGGGCACAGUGCAUUAGCUAUUUUCCCAACAAUCCCCGACUCUGAGCAGUGCCUGGCCGCUCCCCCGUGUGGGGCUGGUCAUGCCACCCCCUGGGCUGGCACUCGCUGCUCCUCAGAAUAUACCUCUGUCCAACUGCCUCCCAACUCCCCCUCAUCCCCUCAACUUGCCCCCUGGACAGCUCUCUGGCCUUAGCCCCAGACAGGAGGCCCCAAGGCACCGGGCACCUGCCUGCCAGAGGGCCCACCCCUGUGCCUGCAAUUGGAAGGACACAAGAGUCACCUCUCUGCCUCCCUAACCUCACGCCUGGAAAGCCACCAGACUCAAGGUCACCAUGAUGAUGACAAUAUUCAGGGCCCGAUGUGGGAGGGGACAACCAGCUUAGGGGGCUCUGCUUUAGCAGGUAGAUGGGACUUCAACAGAGGAAGGUCAGGCGGACCAGGCCGGAUGAGGAGGCUGCGCAGUGGUCCCAUCUUGCCCCACGCUCUGCAUGGCCAGCAGCUCCCUGCUUGGGUCUUAUAUCCUCAAGGGAGAGACCCAGCAUGAGAAAGGUGGUUUGGCCUCUCCUCUUACCAAGCACGAAGGCCUACAUCCUGAUGGGAGGGGCAGACUCCAGCCAGCCCCGGGCUUGCCUGCUGGCCCGAGGAGGAGGCGGUGGCCCACCUGUGUUCACUGCUUUGUGCUGAGGCCACGGUUCUGCAGGGCCAGCGCUGGCUGGAGAUGCUCACCGGUCGCUGAAGCCCAGGCCAGGCAGCCAGCUCCUUCCAGUGCUGAGCAUCAAACCCUCUGCUUUUGCAGCUCUGAGCUACACUCUCAUUACUGAAGGUUCCUGUUGCUUUAUAGCUUGGCUGCAGAGCUUUGAAGUCUCCCCAUUUCUGAAAGGUAAUGUCACCUGGAGCCUGACCCUCCUCUUUGGGGCCCCCAUGGGGGUGGAGCCACCUGGGAAGCCCGGGGCAGGGACGGCUGGAAGAGAGGUGGCCCUAGCCUGGCCCCUGCCAGAUGCCAUGGUGUCGCUGAUACUGUGCGUGUUUGGAAGCAGCGUCCCCAAGAAGCGAAGGAGGGAUCCUUGGACUAUGUUCUUGGUCCCAGACCCUGAAAUCCACAAAAGCCAAACAAACCAGCUCAUUUCAACAAGGGAGCUCUGAUGUGAGGGGCAAGGCUGCCCCCGCCCCAGGCUCUUCAGAAAGCAUCUGCAUGUGAGCACCAUCAUGCCGCUAUAAAGGAUCCUUGUUACAGGAACAGCAUGAGUGGUGGCCGACUGACCAAUAAAGGUAUUUUACAACUGCAUCUGCAAGAAUGGAGUCAUUAAAGGCAGGCACUUUGAUUGGACCUAGUGGGGUCA